AUGAAACAUGAUUUAACUGUUUUCAUGUUUUACAGUUACAAAUUUAAAUUUAUCAAAACCAUUACGAUACAUCAUUAAAUGUGGAUGAAAUUUAUCUAGCAUAAUGAAGAUUUAUUUUAGAAACUAUAAUAAAUUUAAUUUUCUUUAGAUUAAAUUUCAUCCAUUAUAAUACAAAGGUAUAUUUAUAUAUUAAUGAUUUUUAUAGUCAUAUUGAUAAUAUCCAUCUUAGAAAUCAAUUACUUGAAUAUCUUAAAUUUAAAUAGAAUCAAAAUAACUUUCCUAUCUACUCCAAAAUUAUUAUCAAUAAAAUACUUACUCUUUUACUUAAUCCUAAUUUAAUUUGUUAUCAUUUACCUAUUAAUUUUGAAUCUUAUACUCUUGUCUUAGAUAUGGAUGAAACUAUUAUUUAUUAUGAUGGCGAUAAAGUUCAUCAACGUCCAUUCUUAUUAACUUUUUUAAAAUAAAUUAGCAGAAUAUAUGAAUUAAUUUUAUUCACUGCAGGCUUAGAAUCAUAUGCUAAUAGAAUUUUAAAUCAACUUACUAUUAAAAAAUACUUUAGUUAUCUUCUUUUUAGAUAACAUACUAAUAUUUAUUAGGAUUUCUAUGGAAAAGAUCUUAGAAAAUUAGGAAGAUUAUUAUCAAAAACUAUUAUUAUAGAUAAUACUCCUGAAUGUUUUAGUUUAUAACCAGAAAAUGGAAUAUAAAUUUAGACAUGGAAAGGAGAAUAAUCUGAUACACUUCUCUUAAUCUUAAUACCAAUAUUGAAAACUAUUAGAUUUAGUAAUAAAGAUAUAAGAAUAAAAUUAAGAGAAUAUAAAAAUUAUUCUGGUUUAAUAUUCCCUAAAUGA